CUCUCUCUCUUUCUUCAACUACAACUCAGCUGAUUCUUGUUAGUAAAAAACAAAAUGAAACAGCAAAUUUGUAUUUUAAAAACUAAACACGACCCUCUGGAUAUUUCUUGUCUUUCCUCAAUAAGCCAGUCUUAUGUCCUUUGCCUUUUACUAUGACAAAAGCAGACAUGGUUCAAAGAAGACACAAUGAACCACGGAUGAAAAAAAGGAGAUCAACUGUCAUCCUAUGCAAGAUUUUAAACUCAAAAUAACAAGGAGUGAAACAGAACUGAUCACUGCUGCUCUUCCAUGAGAAUCCUUUAGACCUGCUGGGGCUUUUGAUAGUAUAAUUAACAAACAAAAACUGAGAAAAAGAUGGCCACAGUAGGAUGAAGAAAGAAGUAGAAGCAGGAGUGGGUUUCCUGGUGCGCCUCUUGAAGGCUAGAGGGAAAGCAGAUGAACAGAAAGUGGAUUGCUUUGGCAAGAAGUUGACAAGCAUCCUUUUUAGGCGGUAUACUAACCAUUGGUACCCUACCAACCCUAGCAAGGGACAGGCAUUCAGGAGUAUUCUCAUCAGUAGCAGUCAGCAAUGUGAUGAACUGGUGCUGCAAGCUUUUCAAGAAAGUGACCUGAACCCCUCAGAACUUGGCCUGCCACGUGAACUGAUACUCUGGAUUGAUCCUUUUGAGGUCUGCGCUCGGUCUGGAGAGAGGAGUCGCUCUUUUACUGUUGCUCAGUUUAAAGAGACCGAUGAUGAGGAAAUUCUUUCUGAACCUGAUUCUCAGGAAGAAACAUCUGAUUAUCAUUCAGCUGGCUCUUCGGAUUAUAACUCGGAGACAUCUUCAGAAAAUGAGGGGGAGAAGGAAAGCCAAAAGGAAGAUGGUGUAUUGGCAAGUGCCUCUGAAAACCUCACUCCUGUGAUUAAAACAUUGCCAUCCCGCAAAAAAAAACACAAACAGCCUCAAGUUGCAUCACUGCAGUAUUUCUACCAUCCUGCCCCAGUGUGGCAGCAGUUUGGAGGAAAGGGAUCUUUAUGCAGUGCAACUGUGUACCAACCUAGAACUCCUAUGGUCUAUUACUGCAUCCCACCAACAACACAGACUCUCAAACUUGCUCCACAAUUCAUUGUCCCUCAAGUUGCCUUGCAGCCCUGUGGAAUGAAGAAGUGUUGAACAGCAAGAGCUUGGUCAGGACCAAAUUGCAUUAUGGGAUAUUAAUGGCUACCUGCAGAAUUGAUGUUGUUAAACGGUUCACAUUCUGCAAAAAAUUCAAUACUUUGGACUUUCUUUGGAUACCUGAUCUUCUUGUCGAUAGCAAAAGUCGACUGAAAUCAAAGCAUGUAAGAGAUGAAUUUCUUGUAAUCCAGGAACAUUUUUCUUGGAGUUGACUGAAUCAGAAAACAGUUAUGUUUGUUCCUGAAAGGCUGUAUGUAAUUUUUACAAGAGACAGAGGUGCAUAUCUCCACCUAACAAGCUUGUUUUUGCCCUCUGCUUGCCAAAUGGCUUCCUUGCAAAAAAAAAAAAAACAAAAAAACACACCUAUCCCUAUAUUUUGUACAUCUUUAGACUUCCUUAUGGUGGGCAGUGUAUGUGCAGUAACGCUGGAUGUAAGAAAAUACUAUUUACACUUUUUUGAAGAUACUUUCAGACUUUCUCACAUAAAAGGAUAUUUUAAGCAUGAGAGCCUUGAAAACGUGCCGUUGUAAAUUUAAGCGACCACAUUCACACUGAGUAAGCAGUGAAUCAGCAAAGCCAGAAGCACAUAGUCAUCCUUCAGAUUCAAAACACACAAAAGGCAUUUACUGAUGACGAGGUCAAGGACAAAGACAUUAGUCAUAAAAGCCUUUUGUCACUGUGACAAACUAGGUCAUAUUUUUGCAAAGCAAGGUUAUGUUUUAAGAAUCUACAAAAAAACCCCUCAUUAUUCAUUAAUCAAAAGGAAAACACUAAAGCAAAUCCUCAGGUUUCUAUGGAAAGCUUUUUUUUAUAAAAGUGUAAAUAUCUGUAUAUUUUCUGUAUAGAAGAGUGCAACUUCAGACAUUUGCAUUCAUGGUGCUUCAUUUUGGAUAUGCAGAUCCUUCCGAAGGAUUAGCAUUUUCUUUCAGGGAGAAUUUUUAUCUAUAUUUAUUGUAUUUAUUAAAAAUUCAAAAAUGUGAGCUGAAUCAAGUUUAAUAUAGAAAUCAGAAUUUAUAUUUUUGUAAGGAGCCAUUUUUCUAUUUGUUAUGUGCAGUUUUCUUUCGGGCAGUGCAAUUCCUUUUUCGUUUUUUCCAAGUGCUUUUAAUAAUAAUAUUUUUAUUUUAAGUCAGGAGAUGGCUCGGUCCAAUGAUGUUACAAAGGCAGCAGGAAUGUGAACAACAAACAAGUUCUGAAUUUUGAGAGAAUGUCAAUAUGUUUUACAGAUCAAAAUGUUAAAUAAUUUUGCACCAUGAUUUGUACGUUGAAUUUAUAACACCUUAAAAUCUGAAUAUGAUAUAUGUAACUAACACUAUAGAAAUAGACUGUAGUAUAGAAAAUUUGGUAGUGAAACGAAUCUUAUUGUGGUCAGCAGUGUUUGAGACGGAGUGGCACAUCUUGGGAUUGUUCAAGGCUGCCACCGCCAAGCAUUCUGUGACCAAAUGUUUUACUUUACAAAUACAAACAGGUUAAGCAUGUACCAGGUUUGUUUUUUAGUGUUUUUGUUAUUUUGCUGAAGUGCUGCUAAUUUUGCACUUUUGUGUUUUUCAAUGCUGCAAAAUAACUGCUUGAUAUUACAAUUAUUAAGAGUUUUUAAAUGUUAAUAUUUUUAUUUUGUACUUAUUCAAAAUAUAUAAUUUAAUUUCUUUGUAGCCAUAUCACUUAAUUUAUAUGACUUAUUUUAAGAUUUGUACAGAGCAGUAGCUUGUUGAAAAAUACUAAAUAUAU